AUGACCACAGUAGAUGAAUCAAAUUUAUGUUCAAUCUGCAGUAAACCUUCAGCAAGACGCUUUUGUAUUGGAUGUAAAAAAUACUUUUGUCCCAAGGAUUUCAAAGAACAUGAACAACAACUAUCGACGAAAUUCGACAAUGAAAUAGUAAUCUUGCAUGAUGAAGUUCUUAAUCAAAUACAAAAAUUAGAAAAAUCAAAUUAUUUUUCAACGGAUCUUUUUGAUCAAAUUGAACAAUGGAAAAAAACAACAAUCAACAAAGUGGAAAAAGCAGCCGAAAGAGCUCGUCAUGAACUUAUCGAACUAAUCGAUAAACAAAAAAUAAUAAUAACAAAACAACUUGAGCCAAUUACAAAAGAAAUACGUUGUCGUCGAGAAGAAGAAAAUUUUGUUGAAAAUGAUAUUGAUCGAAUUCGAAGAAAAAUCAAUGACAUUCAACAAAUACUUGAACCAUUUAUUCAAAAAGAUACAAAUAAAAUUAUCAUUGUUGAUAAUGAUCGAAUUGAUUGGAAUCGUCUGAUCUACAUUAGAGAACCACAAAACUUACUGUUAAUCCGCAGUGCAAAUCUGAAUGUCAAUGCAAAAUGGCUACAGAAUGGUGUUACUGUGGCUGGAGGAAAUGGAGCUGGCAGUGAAAUGAAUCAGCUCUACUGUCCAAAUGGUUUGUGUGUUGAUGAUGAUCAAACUGUCUACAUUGCUGAUUGUGCGAAUCAUCGCAUUGUAGAAUGGAAAUCUGGUGCAACAACUGGUCGAGUUGUGAUCGGUGGAAAUGGACUAGAAAGCUGUCUUGACCAAUUGUACAAUCCAUCAGAUGUGGUUAUUGAUAAAGAAAGAGAUAGCCUCAUCAUCUGUGAUUACGGCAAUAAACGAGUAGUUCGAUGGCCUCGUCAAAAUGGUACGAAUGGAGAAGUGAUCAUCUCAAAUCUUGGAUGUUGGGGGUUGACAAUAGACAAUGAUGGAUUUCUCUAUAUUGCUGAUUAUGAUCAACAUGAAGUAAGACGAUAUCGAAUGGGAGAAAAUCAAGGAACAGUGGUUGCAGGUGGAAAUGGACGAGGGAAUCAUCUCGAUCAGUUGAAUAAUCCAACAUUCGUAUUCGUUGAUCGAAAUCAUUCAGUGUACGUAGCAGAUUACAGUAACCAUCGGGUGAUGAAGUGGAUUGAAGGUGCUAAACAAGGCAUUGUUGUGACUAGUGAUCAAAGUCAAGAAAAUAGUUUUACGCAAAUAUGGAUUCCUUAUGGAAUCGUCGUGGAUCAAUCAGGCACUGUCUACAUGGCUGAUCAUUCGAAUCAUCGAAUAAUGCGUUGGCUUCAAGGAGCUACACAAGGAAGUGUCAUUGUUGGUGGAAAUAAUCAAGGCAGUCAAUCAAAUCAACUCUCUUAUCCCAUUGGUUUGUCAUUUGAUCGAGAAGGCAAUAUCUACGUGAGUGAUUGGGGAAAUCAUCGAGUUCAAAAGUUCCAGAUUCAUCGAAGUUGA